AUGAACGAAAACAUCCUCCACUAUGGGAACCAGUUGAUAGCCCUCGUCCCAGGCCUCAUCGGCCUCAACCUGCUCGUCCGCCCAGAAGCAACCCUGCAGCAAAUGGAGUACAUCAUCCCAUCGGAACCCAAGGCGCGACAGCUCACUCGAGGUCUUGCGCGCGUCUACGGUAUCAGAAAUGUCGUCAUCGGUUCUAUCGGUCUCAAUCUCAGUCUCACUCGAGACCCGAAGCUGAUCAACAUGAUUUAUCUUGGUGGGCUUGCGAUGUGCGUGACGGAUGGAAUUGUUGCAAAGUCGGUUAUUGGGCAUGGGGAAUGGUUGCACUGGGUUUUUGCGCCGAUUUGUAUUGCUGGUGUUGCUGCUAAUUAUUAUCUGUCUUGA